GCAGGGCGUUGAAAUCUGUGAUUACGGCGGCGCUGCAGACCAACGGCGAUUCGAGAGUGGCCGGAAAAUAUGGCCGGAGAUCUUGGGAGAGCUCGUCGUCGAGACCGUCGGCGGAUGACUCCGGCGAGUCCAGUGGAUGCAAAGAGAGUUUGGUUCCAGUGAAAGAGAUACGGAAGUUGUACGGUCUAUUGAAGUUGAAAAGCAGUAACAAAAUUGGACCGUCGGAUCAUGAAUCACAGCUGAUCUUAAGGUGAUGAUUGUAUAGCAACAUGGUGGGCCUUGUUAGUGAAAAAAUUGAAAAUUUUCAAAUGAGUUUUACUUUUCACUAAUCUACAAUUGAGUUCUAUUAAUACUAUUCCAAUCCAUCAACAUUUAUGCUAAGCUAAUAGAACUAAAUUGAUUUUGAUAAGGAAAAAGUAAAAUUUAUUGAAUUUUUAUUUAAAUGUUCAAAAAGCUAAGAUUAUAUUUUGAUGACAAGAAUUCUCUAUUGAAGAAGAUUUCCAACAAAAAAUAAAGCAUAACAAAUUUGAAUUGUUCUUGGGUGAAUUUUAAUUUUCAUUUUUUGAAAGUUUGCUUAUUUUAAAUUGGUGAGUUGGCAUUGCUCACAUGUACAUGAAUUUUUUUUUUUUUUGGGAGGUGGUUCUUGGGUGAAUUUUAAUUUUCAUUUUUUGAAUGUUUGUUUAUUUUAAACUGGUGGGUUAGCAUCGCUUACAUGUACAUGAGUUUUUUUUUCUUUUGGAACAAUAUGAAGGAGUAACUAUGCUUAUCUAUUUGAAAUUUUGGAUAAUAUCGAUGAUUUGUUCUC